UUGCUCAACGGUGCUGCUCGCCCUUGCAUCCAUAAAGCGCCUCUUUCUCCAUUUCUCUUUUGCUUUCUUCUUCUUCUUCUUCCCCAUUCUCCCAUGGCGCUCUUUUCUUUUUUCUUCCUUCUUCUUCUUCCUCUUCUUCUUCCUUGUUCCUCUUCUUCGGCUCCAAAAUUCCCAAUCGUUUCCUUCGACGAAGGCUACAGCCACUUGUUCGGCGAUGGCAAUCUCGUCCUUCUCAACGAUGGCAAAUCGGUUCGGCUUCAUCUGGAUGAGCGAACAGGCGCUGGAUUUGUGUCUCAGGAUAUUUAUCUUCAUGGCUUCUUCAGUGCUUCCAUUAAACUGCCUGCUGAUUACACUGCUGGAGUUGUGGUUGCUUUUUAUAUGUCGAACGGCGACAUGUUUGAGAAGAACCAUGACGAGAUCGAUUUCGAGUUCUUAGGGAAUAUCAGAGGCAAAGAAUGGAGGGUUCAGACAAACAUUUAUGGGAAUGGAAGCACCAACGUUGGGAGAGAAGAAAGAUAUGGUCUCUGGUUUGAUCCAGCUGAAGAUUUCCAUCACUACAGCAUUCUUUGGACUGAUUCUCGCAUUAUAUUUUAUGUGGAUGAAGUUCCUAUAAGAGAGGUUCAAAGAACAGCUUCAAUGGGUGGUGAGUUUCCAUCCAAGCCAAUGACUUUAUAUGCAACAAUUUGGGAUGGAUCAAGCUGGGCUACCAAUGGAGGCAAAUACAAGGUCAACUACAAAUAUGCACCCUAUAUUGCCGAAUUCUCCGAGUUCGUAUUGCACGGUUGCACAGUCGACCCGAUCGAACAAGUCUUCUCCAAGUGCGACCUAACUCGUAGCUCCAAAGCCACCAUCCCCAACAAUCUCCCGGCAGCUAAAAGAACAAAAAUGGAGAGUUUCAGGAGGAAGCACAUGACAUACUCGUACUGCUAUGAUCAUCUUCGAUACAAGAUCCCUCCUGUAGAAUGCAUCAUUGAUCCUCAAGAAGCUGAGCAGCUUCGAAAGUUCGACCCGGUAACGUUUGGGAGAGGGCGGCGACACCGUGGAAGACACCACCGUCGCUCGAGCCAGACCGAGUUCACUUCUGCUUGAGAAGGGCUUGCUAGGGCAUUGUUUCAUUUUUUUUUGGGGUAAUAAUUUUUGGCAGUUUGAUUUAGAUGGGUCUGUUCUUUUUUUGUGUAUAAUAUAAUAUAGACAGUUGAAAGAUUAUAGAUUUUAUUUAGGAAUCAGAUGUGUUUGAUGUGGUUGGUUUAUGUAUAGUUAACACCAUUAGGAUUAUUUAUUGAUGUUGUUAGGUUGGUUGUUGGCUUUACAUUAUUAA